UUUCGGUUGCGUUGCACAGCCGGCUGCUUAUGCUGCUGCCGUCGUUAGACGAGAAUUGAGCUACCAGCUGACCUACUUUCUCUGCUCUCAGCUCACUCGGUCCUGUUUACAAGCCACUGCCAGCGGAGGAUGUGGAGUACCGUGCCUGGAAAAUACACGGACACUGGCCGCAACUAGCAAGGAGCACGAAUGGGGAAUUUAGUCGUGUGUUGUUGAUAAAUUAGGAGUGCCAAAGCCUCAGACAGCUCACCGGCGAUUAAUAACAGCGCGUUAUUAACUUAGCGUUGUUAUGCAAUUUAACGCUUUCGGCUCUCUCGCCUGGUCAGUCAGGCGCUGGUAGUUGCGCUCAGCUGCUAUGCUGUAGUUUUUUAUUAUUUUUUUUAUUUUUAAAAUGACUAGAUUGGUUAAAGUUAAGUGUGGAUCUUUAUUUCUGCUGGAGACCCGUUUUCAAGGAUUUGCCGUUUCUUUGGCAGACUCGAAGAGGUGGUGGCAGUAGGUUUUUCCAAAAGAGUGUUCAGACGAGGUCAGCGCGGAUGGGACUUAUAAGACUUCAGAAAGGGCCUGGUUGGGAAAGGGAGUGAGUAUGGACAACCUUUCUGACUUCGGUGGCCCCUGUCCGUCCACCCGCAGGGAAUGGGACACCAACAGCUGCGUGGAAGAUUUAAUGGAUGAAGAUGAGAAAGACAGGGCAAAAAGGGCAUCCCGUAACAAAUCGGAAAAGAAAAGAAGAGACCAAUUCAAUGUGCUCAUCAAGGAGCUAUGCACCAUGCUGCAGGGUCAAGGCCAUCCGCGCAAGAUGGACAAAUCCACCAUAUUGCAGAGAACCAUUGACUUCUUGCAGAAACAGAAAGAUAUCACUGCACAGAAUGAAACUUGUGAUGUGAGACAAGACUGGAAGCCUUCAUUCCUCAGUAACGAGGAGUUCACUCAGCUAAUGCUAGAGGCCCUAGAUGGUUUCUUGGUAGCAUUAACAACAGAUGGAAACAUCAUAUAUGUAUCUGACAGUGUGUCUUCACUUAUUGGCCAUUUACCGUCAGAUAUGGUGGACCAAAAUAUCUUGAAUUUCCUCCCGGAGCGUGAACACGGGGAGGUGUAUAAGCUGCUAUCAUCCCACAUGCUGAUGACUGACCCCAUUGCUGCUGACUUCCUUGACAAUGAGACCCAUAUUGAAUUUUGCUGUCAUCUAGCAAGAGGUAACAUUGACCCAAAGGAGCCGCCUGUAUAUGAGUAUGUCAAGUUUGUCGGAGAUUUCAAGUUUCAUAACAAUGUGCCUACAUCUUCUUGUAACGGGCUUGAGUUGACGUUACCAAGAAGCCUGCAGUCAUCGCUGGAGGAGCAGGUCUGCCUCAUAGCUACUGUACGAUUAGUCACUCCACAGUUUCUAAAGGAUUUGUGUAACGUGGAAGAUACCUGUGACGAAUUCACAUCCAGACACAGCCUUGAAUGGAAGUUCCUGUUUUUAGAUCACAGAGCUUCACCAAUCAUCGGCUAUUUACCCUUUGAGGUUCUUGGAACUUCUGGCUAUGAUUACUAUCAUGUGGAUGACCUGGAGCUUAUCGCUCAGUGUCACAAGCAACUAAUGCAGUUUGGAAAGGGUAAAUCCUGCUACUAUCGCUUUCUGACCAAAGGCCAGCAGUGGAUCUGGUUGCGGACGCACUACUACAUCACUUACCACCAGUGGAACUCCAAACCUGAGUUCAUCGUCUGUACUCACACUGUCGUCAGUUAUGCUGAAGUGCGAGCUGAAAGGAGGAGAGCGUUCGGCCUUGAGGAGUUGUCGCCACCUGAGAUAGCUCCCUCCUCUGUGAAGGCUCAGGAGCUGUACUUGGACAUCUGUUCCACACUAGACCCUCCACGGGACAGAAACAGCGGCGCACGUUCUGUAUCCUCCCACAGCUCCCGGAAGUCCUCCCACACAGCGCUGUCAGACUCUGCAUCAGCUAACUCCUACACUGAGGCCUGCACACCAUCAUGGCAGUCUGCUUCCAUCGGGACAGAGAAGACGGCUGCCAGACUCCAACCCAGCAGUUCCAAGAAUUUGGCACAAAGACAAAAUUCCUUUGACCUCGUUCCCCAACUGAGCCUCCCCCUUUCUCCUACCUGCAGCAAGCACUCCGCAAUGCAACAACAACAACAGCAGCAGCAGCAGCAGCAGCAGCAGCAGCAGUCGUCUGUGUAUCAGCUGCAGCAGCCCCAGCUCGGUGUAAUGAACCAGCUGAAAGAGCAGCUGGAGGAGAGGACGCGCAUUCUGCAAGCUGACAUUAAGACGCAGCAGCAGGAGCUGCAUGACAUUAAGGAGAAGCUUCACCUUGCUAAUCUCCAGAUGUUGUUACAGCAGCCUAUCCACAAUGACUUCGGUCAGGCGCAGCAGCCCCAGCAGCCCCAGCAGCAGGGUCCAGGCCGGCCGGCCCAGCAGAGCCAGUCAGGGGUCAUCAGGCAGCUCUCGGGCCACCCUAAACCACCGUCCUGUGGGGCCCACAGUUCGUCUCCUCACUCACUCCUGAGAGAGAAUAGCUCACCCUCAACGCAGGUCCAGCAGAGGAUCGCACGGAGCGGGCAGGUGCAGUCAGUGAGUUUACCGGUGCAGACCAACACGAGUUUGACGAUGCCCUUCUACAGCAACCCCAUGAUGUUCUCUCAGACCAACACGAGGCCUCUGCAGGAUGCAAACCAAAGACACACGGACAGCGAGUUCAACCAAGAUGGACAACUACGCAUGCUCCUCAACCAGCCAAUGCAGACACUGGUUCCCCCUAGCAGUGUAACCUCACAACCGUCCCAGUGCAACAUGGGCAUUUCCCAAACCAUAUACACCUUGGAUCAGCAGAUCAUCGCCCCGUCAUUCUCCAUGCAACAGGUCAACUGCAACGCCGUCCUCGUGCCCUCUCCGGUCUUCACGUCCCCCAUCAUGAUCCCUCACAACAGUUUCAUCACGCACCAGUCCCAGUCGGCCUACCACACUCAGCCUCAGGCCUCUCAGCACUCCCUGCAGCUACAGCAGCCCCAGCAGUUCUUUCAGAUGACUCAAGGACUUGUGCACAGUGGACCUACUCCAGCAUUCUUACACACCACUAAUGUCCCACAGCAAAGCACUGUGGGAUACAUCCAGCAGCAGCCGCAAACACAGCAACUGCAGCAAGCGCCACAGCCACAACAGCAGCAAAGACAAUACCAACAUUCCCAAAACCAGACUGGCAGUGUGUCAGACUUCCGAAACAUGCUGACUCGGUAGCGCUGCGGACUACGUCAGAGCGCUGAGAUUUAACUCGGUGUUGCCGCCGCGCAGGUGGCAGCCCGCUGUGGCAUUUGGAAGUCAAAACUUGACACCGAGCUGUGCGGCGGAAACGCUCGAAAGCAGGAAAUUGCUACUAGUGACCUUACGUUUGAUGUGAAGCCGCGUGUCCAGACGAAGCCGGUCUGUGCGUCACUGGAGUGAAACCCACAAGCAGAGGCUGCACUGACCCGAUGUCACUGCCAGGAUCUGAGGCGAGUCUGAAGUGCAGGGCCUUCAUCGCCAGCCAGCUGCACACUCAGUCUUCAGUCAGUAAAACUGCUGGAACAAGUGGAUUAUCACAGCUCUCAAGAAGACAUUGCUUUCAUCUUACAGAGAGAGUUUAUUUCUAAGUGUCUGUUUGCACUUUGUUAUCACCCCCUACCCCAAAAGUAGAAUAUUUAUUUUUGCUCAUAAAUUAAUAUUCUAUUUUCCCCACUAAUAACGGCUUAUUAGUGAGAUUCUUUUCAAAUCUUUAGCUCAACACCCCUCCCCAGUGACAUCACAUCAUCACCCCUGUCUGAUUUUUAGCUCCACUGAAAAUGAUUCCUUACCAAAAAGGGAUUUAUGUGUGUGUGUGUGUGUGUGUUUCAGUUAGCAGACAUCAGAUGUUGCUCCAAUUUUGUCCCGUAAACAACGAUUAAUUGCAGGUAUGUUCAUGUCAAGUCACCAGAGAGGGGCUGUAAUGUGAACCAUCACAACCACCAUAUCUAAAAUCAGGUUUGGUAAGAAUUUUGAUGUAACACGCCACACUGGGAAGAUGAGAGGGGGGAGGAAUAUUCUCCAGUUAUUAAAAAAAACGUCCAUCUAGAUUUUUAAAGCCUCAAUCUGGGACUGAAGAAGGGCUGCUACAACUAUCCCACCACUUCUCACUGAGAGUGACGACAAAGCUCCAAAGUCACGACUGUAGGUGGCUCUGAUGAGCUCUGCAGCACGAGUCCCUCAGUGGUAAACGAGUUACCAGAGGGGGGAAAAAAUUGUGCCUUUAACCAUGGUACAGUUGGUCCAUGGUGCGGUUUGAUGGUUGCGUCUGAUUACGGCUUUAAAAAUCCAGCUCAGGUCCAUUUGGAAUACAAAGUUAUAUUUUCAUAGGUCAUAAGUUAUUUUCCGCAUCAGAUCUAGAUUUGUAUUGGAUAUAUUACAAAUAUAUAUUGGAUGCCUUUACAUGUCCAACCAGUAAAGUCCAAACCCUUUUUGAACACUUUGUGUAAUGAUUUAGAGAUAUAAGAUUCUUUUAUCUAUUUGCUGAAACCCUAAUGAAAUAAUUUUCAUGUUUAUUUAUUACAUAUAUAUUUUAAACAAUAUAUGGGAUUAAGAAAGUGGUUUUAUACACAAAAGAAAAGAGUUUAUGUGUUCAUUUGGACAUUGAAAGGUCAAUACUGGUCUUGAUGUCUCACCCCUCCUGGGUUCAUGGUUUUAAAGGAAAAUAUUUUCACAAGAACAGUGCAUGAACUCUUGGCCACCUCUGAUCUGUGUGUGACUCAUUGUUGUUUUUCACACCACAAUACAGCAAACUACUGCAGUAGGGUGGGCGUGCUGGUUUGAAUAUCUCGGAAACAGCCAGAAAUGAUUUAAGAGAUCUUGCCUGUGACACGGAUAUGGAUGGAUAAACAGUAUUGCUCUGUUUAUUCAAGUCCACUCAUUCAUUUUGUUUAUUUGGCUCCAACCACUGACCAAUUAAUAAUUGCCCUGAAAUUACACAGUAGUGACAUGCAUUGUGUUGUGUUGAAUAACAAACACUUAAUUCUUCAUACAUCUGAAAGUAAUUUGCAGAGUCAAUCCUGUCCAACGUUAAAAUCAGUCCUUUUUAUACGUUGUGUAUGACAAUCUUUUGAGUCCAUCAUAUUAAUGAGAGAUUGUUUUGUUUCUCUAUCGAAGGACAACAACUGUUUCAGCUCUUGUAACAGCACUUCUUAAUCAAACAGUCAUUUCCUAUUCAAAUAUAAAGCGGACUUUAUACAUUUGUUGUCUAAAGGUAUAACAGGGAGGUUUGGAGUGUAUUUCUGCAGCUGGAUUAGCAGUUGAACACUAUAAAGCAAGGACACACACUAGACAACAUACAGUACAUCUCUCUCUUUUGUUGAUGACAAUCAGACAGACAUCUUGCAACAGUACGCACAAACUGUUCAGUAACUGCCUGCGCCACAGUCACAGAUUGUAUGAAUUUAUCAUUUAAAAUCUUUAACCUUUACCUUUUGUCUCCUGGGUUACGUAGUUGUACCGAGGUAGCUUGUGACUCAAGAAUUUCCUGAAAUUCUCAUGGUGGAACUUGUGCUACACUUUUUUUUUUUUUUAAAAAAAGGAGCCCUUCAUGCUCGAUGUGACAGCUUGGUCUUAAAGUCUCAGCCACCUCAGUUGGACACGUUCACCUUAGAGGCGUCACAGUCCCUUUUAAGACGGGCGCCGUUCAUACUGGACGACGAGACUCAACUGUCUGAACACUCUCAGCAUGUACGUUCAGUGCCGUUCUACACUUUACUAUGUGCAAUGUCGAUUUGAGAAGAAGAAUGUUAAUUUAUACAGUUUUAAAUGUUUCAGAACAGAUGUAUACGAUGUAUAUAGAGGUGUAUAAUAAGCCAUUGUACCAUGUAAAUUAUAUAUGGAAUAUGGAAGUAUUUUUUUAAUGAAAAUGUCCUAACAUUCCUUCAGCCGUUGAUAUCAGCAGUAUCUUUUCUAAAGAUACACGAUGUGUCCACUGAAGACUAUAUGAUUACAAUGACUACAGCUUGUACACAGGACUUUGUCUGCAUGGGAAUGUGGUGUAGAGUUGUUUUUUUCCCCCAAAUAUGAGACAAAACCACUGACAACAAAAUACAUAAACUCUGGACUAAAGAGGUCGUAUGUUCACCAUGAUCAUGAAAAAAGAAAUGAAAUGAGGAAUCUUAAUUGUUAUGUUUGUGUCCAGACACUGUGUGGUCACUGCUAGUGAUAAUAACAUCUUUAAAUGGUAAUUCAGCCAAAAUUGACUGCAAAAAGGUCAUUUCAGUUUAAUGGGUUUCAGUUUUGUAGCUUUUAUGAAAAAGUGCAAUUGUACAUCAUCAAAAUGAUUUUUUUUUUCCGAUGGCUGAAGUUUCAGCUUCAGUCCUUUUAUCCCUUUUUAUUUGGUAAAGAAAUAUUAAAGUGACUGCCCAUAAAAGUUCAGUCCAGGCAGCAACUCAGAGGUGCCAUAGAUGACUAUGUUUUUAUUUUCCUUCAUUGCUACUCAUUACUCAAUAUUAUAAAUCACACUUUUGUAGAAUAUCAAUCUUUCAGCCAGUGGCAGUGAAAUUCCCCAUAAAGGUUGUUUUCCAUCUAAACACAUCAUUCAGAGAAGAUUUCAGUCCACGUCUGUAUACAAAAUAACUGUUAUCAUUUUGUUAUUUGCCUUGCAAAGGUGGUUGAGGGAAAUUCUGCUAAAUUAUUUUGCUCUGGAAAAAAAAAAUCACCCAUUUUCCACCAGAUGAGAUGAUUUUUAGAGCUUUUAAGGUGUGUUUUGCAGUUAUUGUAAAUAAUCCGCCUGCUCAACGGUACUGUUUUUCUUUGUAGUCGAGUUAAAACUCUCCAUCCUCCAUCAAUAGUUGUCGCACCUUUUUUUUUCUCAACUUUCAGUUUUCUUUUUCAUGGGGUUUUUCUUUGAGUGUCAAUGUUUCUGAAGGUAUGUGAUCUUCAUCACAUUUAACUUUUCUGAUUUGUAAAAUAAUGACUGACGAGUAUGAGAGGGCAGUCACAUCAAUACUUUCUGUGUAAGAUACACCAGGACAUGAACAAAAGAAACCUGGUACACAGCCAUUUCUGCAGUUUCAGUGCAGAAACAAACAUUGAAUAUAUUGUAUAAUAGAAUGUAAAAAAAAAAAGUUUAGCCUAUAUAGUUGUUUAUUUUAUAUGUCUAAUAGAUUACAUAUGUAUGUUACAUGAUUUUAAAAUUAAAGUAAUUUUGUAACAGAUAAUGAAGUGUCUUAUUAGAGGAGGUGAGGCUUUUUUUGCGUUCAAGUUGGUGUUGCACAGUCACUUGUAUGGCUUGUUUUUUCUGUAUUUACCAUCAAAAUAAGCUUUAAAAAAUAUUGUUAAUAUUGUUUUAAAAGAAAUUAACAAAUUAAGUUUACAUUCUAAAAUAUCUUGAUAUUAAUUAUGUUAUAUUGAAUUAUUUAUAAAAA